CUCCGCACGUUUGGCUAGUAACCGCAGACUCUUUGUCGCUCCCUCCCUCACUCUCCCCUUUCACAGACAGUUCCCUCGCUCUUUUCUUUCCUUUGCUAUGAGGAUGUCUACUUAGCGCCCGGUUUCGAGCAUACAGACUGGCAUCAUGGUGAACACUACGCACUUUGUGCUUCUAGCGGUCGGCACAAUGACGAGCUUAGGCAUUACUGAUGCGUGUGCUGUGGUAUGCGAUCUCCGCCCACUGCUUGCCGAGGUGUUCAGUAUACCGGCCAGGAUGGAUUCGUUCCAAGGUCGUUGGAUGCAAGGGGUCGGCGCGCGCGAGCGCCCAUCGUCGAGCGCGUCUGGCGACAUCACGUGGGUGACGUGAUACACCUUUCUCCGAGGUUCUCGGAACGACCUUCGA